AUGGCAGCUAGUAAUGAGCCCGCGGAUCCCCUCGCAAAAGGUAUAUUCGCGACGGCGAAGCAAUCUUGGGGCGAUCUCUUCCGAUGGAAACAAAGGGUCAUUGUUACGAACGAGCUGGGCGAAUCUCACACGGAAUGGCAGUCCCCUGAGAAGCUUAGAAAUCCAAUCUCACUUUUGAUGCUUUUAAGCGCGAGAAAUUGGAUCUACUUUCUUGUAGGUCUAUUCGCGUGGACUGCUGAUGCCUUCGACUUCCACGCCUUGGCGAUCCAAACCGUCAAGUUAUCGCACUACUACGAGCGUAGCAAGACUGACAUCACUACCGCUAUCACCUUGACACUUCUUUUGAGAUCUGUCGGUGCUGCCGUAUUUGGUCUCCUCGGCGAUCGGUUCGGUCGAAAAUGGCCAAUGGUCGGCAACUUGAUUUUUCUCGGUCUCUUGCAAAUUGCGACUAUCUACAGCGCCACGUUUCAGCAGUUCCUUGCUGUGAGAUCUCUUUUCGGCUUAUUUAUGGGGGGAGUGUAUGGCAACGCCGUGGCCAUGGCUCUUGAGAACUGCCCGACAGAAUCUCGUGGUCUAAUGAGUGGUAUUCUGCAACAAGGCUACGCUCUUGGGUAUGUUCUUGCUGCGUGCGCGAGUCUAGGUGUUGGCGCUGGCACGGAUACCUGGAAGACCGUUUUUUGGAUUGCGUCUGGUCUUUCUAUCGGCGCUGGCCUCCUGCGCUGUUUAUUCCCGGAAUCCAACCAGUUUAUAGAGGCCAAGGCUACCGGUCAUCACAUUUCAGCCGGCGACUUCUGGAAGGAAACCAAAUCGAUGCUCGCUAAGGAGUGGCGUAUGUGCGUAUACUGCAUUUUUUUGAUGACGUGGUUUAAUUACUACGCACAUACUAGUCAGGAUAGCUAUACGACUUUCAUGCUAGAGUCGAAGGAGCUUCCUAACGAUGCUGCUACGCGUGCUAGCAUCCUUAUGAACACGGGGGCUUGUGUUGGCGGCACAAUUAUCGGCUACCUCUCUCAAUUUAUCGGCCGUCGUAGAGCCAUCGUUGGUGCCGCGCUUAUCAGCUGCUGUCUUGUUCCGGCCUGGAUCCUACCCUCAGAAGAAUCAGGACUUUCUGCUUCUGGAUUCGCGAUUCAGUUCUUUGUACAAGGGGCCUGGGGCGUAGUCCCUAUUCACCUCAACGAAUUGUCACCGCCUGCUUACCGAUCUACCUUUCCAGGCCUCGCGUAUCAGUUAGGCAACUUGGUGUCUUCGCCAGCAGCCCAGAUAGUUAAUGCUAUUGCCGAGAACAAUUUUGUUACCAGCAAAAGCGGAAAGUUAGUCGAUGGGUACGGCCCAACUAUGGGAAUUGCACUCGCAAUCGUCGCCGUCGGCAUUGCAGUAACAGCUGCGCUAGGUCCCGAGAAGCGUGGAAGAUCUUUUGAGCACGCUGGGCCUGCUGGCGCAAACAUCUACAUUGAUAAUGAGAAGACUGUCGAUGCUGGAUCCAUCACGGAUUCUACUAAAAUUAACGACGCAGAGAAAAUCGAAGUCUAA